CCGGUACCACAGGCAAUGAAGGGGCAGUCGAAGGGGUGGUCUUAUUGCGUGUCGGCUUCUUUCUAUUUAAACUCUUUUAAAAAAUCAUAAGAGUGCUCCUUAACACUUCAAUUUUCUUCUAUCAGUUACACUAGAGGAAAAGUAAUUUUCCAUUUUUUCGAAUGAGAACAGAACAUUUGUAUUGUUUUUAUGUAUUUACAUGUGUGAAUCUACCCCACUACUUGAACCCCAGGGGCCACCAUUCUUACUAUGAUCUGUUGAUAACGCAACAUUGAUUACUACUAGGGCCGACUGUCCUACAAAUCGAGCCUUUUCGUAACCCGCAUGUGACAAGUAUAGCUACUGUACAGUAACAGGAUAUUUAUUGCAGGUCCAGAAAAAAUAGAAAAAUAUGAAUCAGAAAGCAGAACAGUUACAGAGCCGUGAUUCUACGUUCGAGAACCUCCAGGAUAUGUUUAAAGGGAGUGUUGAACCUGAAGUGAUACACAUGGUCCUCUCGGAGUAUGAAUGGAAUGUUGAGCAAGCUGUAGAGGCUCUCUUCAAUUUGUCCAGCACAACCUCCACCCCACCCAAAAUAGCAGCAGCCUCGCCAUUUAGGAUGAUAGCACAGUCCUUACAAAACUCAGAAGAAAGUCAAAAAUCACAGCAAUUGGAAAAUUUCGAAGAGCAAAGCCUUCAGAACCACUGUAAACAAAUAACUUCCGGGGAUUUUUACCAAGAUGACAGCUGGUCAACCUCUGUGGUACCCUCAGAGGAGAGAUCACAUGGCAAUUUAGACCAGUUGGAUUCUUUUUUAAGCCCAGAGGGAGAGGUGUUGGCUUUUGACACAUCGCCUGUGGGGAUUAAGAGGGGACAGCAAAUAGAAUCUGAUUUAGAAAUGGACUGUAUUGAAAGUGAGAAAAAACAUUUACCAUGUGGAGCACAACCAGGCUUGUCAAAAAAUCUAGAAUGUGUUGCAGGAACUAGGAAAAAAACUGAGGUCCAAGACCUUGAGUUUAAAAGAAUUAAGGAUAAUGCAAUGAGUGGCUCGUUUAAUUGGGAGAAGGCCAAAUUGGAUUUUUAUUCAAAUAACAUGCCAGGUAAUGGUGGUGUUCAAAGAAGCAAUUGUUCUGCUCACGUGCCUUCUUUCAAAAGACAAAAUUCAAAAGAUGAUUCUUAUUUGAAUUUUCAAGAACCUGCUUUAUCACGAAUAAAAACUAAUUACAGUGAUCAUUACUUAUCAAAUUAUCCCCAAACUUUAGAGCCACUCGAUUUGCACUGUACUUCUAAAGGCAAUCAUGUGAAUGGAUAUCAUGCCAACGAUGGAAACAAUGACAGUUUGAGUCGUCUCCACGAAAUUACAAACUCCAGUGGCAAUGCAGCAGUGUUAAUGGCACCUAGUCAUGAGGAUCAGUGCUCUUUUAAUUUGGAACAGCAGAAUUUAAUAAGAGGCCAUCAUGAAGGGGAUGUGACAGUUAAAAGGGGGUUCAGAUCUGCCAUCAUGUGAUGUACAUGCAUUGAGCACAAUGGGUGGAUGCCACAAAGACAAUGAUGAAAGCAGACCAGGAAUUCAUAAUGAGCAGGAGGGAGCUGCUAAUAAAUGUGAGGAAAGGUCAGAGUCAGGACAAGUAGCAGUUCCUGAAAGUGUGCCAACAGAAAGGGAUGUUUUUCAUGAUCCUCCAGCUGUUGGCAGGAUACAGACUUUGUCAUCUCUCUCCAAACAAGUGCUCAGUCACAGGGACCAGGUUGAGGGACAGCAAAUAUUGUCUGAUCACAGGGAACAGGGCAAAGUACUGCCAGCUCAUUCAAAUCAGCUACUAGGAAAACAGGAUUGUGGUCAAAGGGAACAAGACAAAGCACAAAUAGGAAGUAAUAGCGUGUUUUCCCCAUUUGCAAAGGAAUUUGUGCCAUCUGGUCAAUGGACAACACCAAUUUUCCAGGCACAAAAUUUUCCAGGAUUUGGCAAUUCUGAAAACGUUGCUUUUCACGCAGGUUUUACUGUACCAAAAUUCCAAAUAAAAAGUGGAGAAGGUACUUUUCCACCAACCUCUCAACCUUCAAGAAAUUGGGUCACUCCAAAAGGGGUCAGAGGUCGAGGUUUUUUCAAAGGUCAGGGUCAAGGACAAAAUAUGGACUCGAAAGUCACAAACUUUGCUGCAGUGGCAAGUAGGCCUGCAGCACCUGUACAAGUAAAUAGAAAGAAAUUCCAUGAAAAUGAUCGCUCACCUUCCAGGCAACGCCCAGGUUAUGCUGCGAUUAGGAAUACAAUUGCAGAGCAUCUGAAGCAAGGCAAAAAAGUGCUGAUUAUAUUGAGAGGUCUAUCUGGGAGUGGAAAGUCGACAUUGGCAAGAGAGAUUUGCUUUGAAGGAAAAAUUUUGUCUUCAGACGACUACUUCCUUAAAAAUGGGGUGUAUGAUUUCAAGAUUGAGGAGCUUGGGGAAGCCCAUAACGAAAACAAACUACUAGCAAAAGAAGCAAUGGAAAAGGGACUUAACCCAGUGGUAAUUGACAAUACUAAUUCAAUGAGAUGGGAGAUGAAGGCUUAUGUGGUAUUGGCACAGAAAUAUGGGUAUCAUGUGGAGAUCUUGGAACCCAACACACCAUGGAAGUUCAAUGUGAAAGAAUUAGCAAAAAGAAACACUCAUGGUGUCCCCAAGGAAAGAAUUCGGAGUAUGUUACAGAGAUAUGAAAAGAACGUAACAGUGGAGUCUAUUUUGGGGUCAGAGAUGCCAGCCAAGAUAACAGGGAAGCAACAGCAGUCUCCUAAAGCAAAGCCAGGCAAAGGUCAUGGUCAGAGGCAAGGUCGAACCCGUGCAGCAGCCACAGGUUCUAAGGGCAACUCGACUGAUACAGUAAAAACUACCAACCGGUCUGAUAAGACAGCAGAAGCUCAGGGAAUAAACAAGGACAAUGUUCCCCCAACAGAGUCAGGCAAUAAUGAUCUUAAAAUGCAUGGGGAUAUAUGUAGUAUUGAAACUGACACAGAUCUGGAGUCUGUUAUUAAUGCUGAACUGAAUGAGGCUGACCAUGUCAGUUCACUUUCAUCUCAUGAAAGUUUAACCCUAGAAGCUCCCAGAAAAGAAGACCCAAACAGGCUUGUUUUAGGGGAACUACAGGCAACUCCAAAUGACCCAGAUUUGAUGGUGCAACAGGCAGUUUCAAAUGACCCAUAUAAUACAUUACAAAUCAAAACUCAUGAAUCAGAUAAAACAGAUCUCAGCGUGCAAGUGUUAGACGAUAGAGAUAGUUCUGUUGACUUAGAUCAGGAGUUUGAAAGGUUUUUGGAGGCUGAAUCUGCUGUAACAGAUGAAAAAGUGAAUUUAGACAAAGAAUUGGAUCCUUCCAGUGCUACACUGGAUAUGAAUGCUUCCACACAAUCAGAUAGUGCUGGCACUUGUACAACAACUACUACAUAUACUGCUACUAACUCAGCUAUAGAAACUGCCUACUGGUCAACACCAACAUCAAAAGAACAGCCCCCCUGUGAAGCUCCAGCACCUGACCCACUAUCUACAGACCCUGGUACCAGCCAGGACCAUAGCACAGUAGACUGGCACGUGCCAAAGACUAGGAGAGAAAAACUGGAAGAACAGAAGAACAUGAGGCAGCUGCAACAAAAAAGUUCAGAAGUUGAUGUGAGUAGUAAUUCCCAGUCCCAGAAUACUGUGGUACCAUCAAGUGACAAAGAGUUGGAGAUUCAGACCAGAGUGACCAAUGGUGUCCAGUCAGAGGGCAGUUCAGUCGGCUCCACACCGUCCAGUCCAAGGUCCCAGAAACCCAAGCGGAUGCCCAGCAAGAAGAGGCUUGCUGCCCGAUUGAAUGCACCCAAGCUUGACUCGAACACCAAGCAACAACUUCUUCAGGGGCACUGGGUCCUUCCCAGCUUCGAUACUUCACAGAUCCCCACUGAUACACAGUUACCUGGUUUACAGAAACUUCAGCUGUCCCCAGACGCACUACAGCCUGGAGACACAAAACAACUAGAUAUGUUGAGUGCAGGCUCUCAGACCACUGCCCAGGACAAGGCCCUUCUGCAGAGGGUUAAUUCAAACUUGGCCAUUGGUCAAGAAAUGGACGGUGUCCACAUUAUACGUGGAACUGCCAGAGUGAUAGCUGUGUCAGACAGUGACUCUGGUAGUAUGGACUCCAGAGAGAGCACACCUAGCAGGCAGUUACGACUUAUGCUGGAUAAAAGCAGCAUGACGGAAGACGAAGAGGUGCCAGUGGCUGAGAGAGAUGAGAAAUCAAAUCUGGCAAAGCUUCAGGUCUUAUUUCCUACUGUUCCAGUGGAAGAUUUGAGAGAUUUGUUGGAGAAAUGUGAACAGAAUUUAGGCUGGGCGGUUAAUAUUUUACUGGACUCAAACAGGGAGUCCAUAACUCUAACCCCCAAGGUCAACCCUGUUCCAACUCCCCCAGGGUUACCUAAACCACUCUCACUUGCUGAAAUGUGCAGUGGAUAUUUAGACAAGAGAGCUGCUUUGAGUCAAGCCUCUGCUUGUGAUGACUCCCCAGCAGAGGGGGUUGCUCUACAAACAAAAAGAGAAACCAACACCAAGGUUAUAGGAGGUAGUUUUUCAAGCAGAGGGGCUCUUUCACUAUCACAAGACAGGCUUGGCGAAGGAUUUCCUCCUCUUGGUUCAAAUUAUGAAGAAGAUUUUAUCAGAGAGACAUCUGUUUGUGACAACAGUGACAAUAGUGAUAGUGAGAGUGAAGAAAGUUUGGUAGAUGAGGAAGACAGUGGACUGAUCCUGAAACUGCCAAAAUCUUUUGCUAGGAAACUGGAAGAAAUGUUUGGAGUAGUAGGGGAGAAAAUUGCAGACACUCCAGCAGACUUAAAGGUGAGCCUCAGCUAUGAGGUUGCCAAGAGUUUACAUGACUGCUGGCUGAAGACACUGCAGAGAGCCAUGUGGAAUGAGACACAAGACAUUGCACAAAUGGAGAAAGAAGAUGAAGAAUUAGCAAGACAAUUGCAAGAGGCUGAAAACUCCAGAUACAGCGGGGUACAUCCAAAUGUAGACUGGUUCUCCUUCCCAAUAGAUGGCAGUUCAGUCAAAGACAGGCUACUGAAAGGUGAUUCUGACAGCAUGGAUGGGUCACAGAAGAAGAAAAAGCCGCGAAAGUCCCAGGCCCAGAGGAGAAAGCUGAAGGCCAAAGCCCUGCCUGUACAGCUGAGGGAAAUAAUGGACCAGCAGAAGGCACUGCAGGUUGAAAGAAAUCUCCAUUUAGCAGAGAACAGUUCAGAUAAUAGUAUAGCUACAAGGAUCAAGCGUCAGCAGUUAGCUGAGAUGUUCCCAAAUAUAGAUGAGAAACCACUAGAUGAGCUGUUUGCUGCUAAAAACUAUGAGCUGGGGCCAACCAUAGAAGUAGUGAAAGAAGUCCAGGGGAGAACAGCGCCCCCUAGGGAUGUGAUGGCGCCAGAAGCCCUGGCAGAGUAUGAGAGAUUGCUAAUAGAGAGAGCUCAGCAGGAAAGUCUUGAAGACCAGCGACGCUUGGCCUCUAAGCACACAGAGGACUACCAGGACUAUGAAACCCCUGAGUACCAGGACUUCAGGGCAGAGGCAGACAUGCACUAUGCCCUGAGACAAGAGUGCUUUCAAAAAGCCCAAGAGGCCCACAGAAGGGGCAUGCAGCAAGUGGCUGUGUAUUAUUCUCAGCAGGGUCAUCUUCAUACUCAGUAUCUGAAGGAGGCAAACAGAAGAGCCUCUGAGAAGAUCAUAGAAUACAAGAAUGCUGGCUUGCAGGACAAUGUGUUAGAUCUCCAUGGAUUGCAUGUACCUGAGGCUUUGGCUUUACUGGAGAGAGAGAUGCAGACCAGGGAAGCAGAGUUAAGAGAAAAGCCAGAUGCCAGGAAGUUUCACCUGUCUGUGAUAACUGGGCGAGGCAAGCACAGUCAGGGGGGGUUAGCUAAGAUAAGGCCUGCUGUCAAAGAUUUCUUUAAGAGAAAAAACUACAGUUUUACUGAGCCCCAACAAGGCCUUUUGAAAGUUCUUUUGAAGCAGUGACCAAUGAAGACUAUGGAGCGAAUAUCAAGUCUGGGGACAGUACUUUUCACAAUUGCAGGGCCUUAACACAUACGUACUUAAAAGAUUUCUAAUGCUGUAUUUUUAUGAAUUUAUAUUUCAUUGUGAAAUGUAUUGAAAUGGAGCUAACAAAAAGCACUGUAAGCUUGGUUCAUCUAUUUUUUAAUUAUUUUACAGAUGUUAAGAUCUUUAAAUUACUCAAUAAUUGCAGACAAAUUGUGUAGCAAUUUG